GUGGCGGUUACUCACUGAGACAUUGUAUGGUGCAGUGUUUUUACGCGUCAUAGUGUAAAUACGCAAUCAGUAUGCAUGUAUCAUUAACGAUGUAGCUAUGUCCAACGUGAAAAGAAAGCUCAUAUAAGGAAUGGGAUUUCAGUACUUGUAACUAACACACGAUAAACAUAAUGCUGAGAGAGAGAAAGUUGUUGACAUCGGGAUUAUAUCACUUGUAGGGAUGCAAACGUGCUAGUACUUCUGUUUGAAUACAAUUUGAACUCGGGUAAAAUUUAUUCUGAAAGCUUGAAAAGUUAAAAAAAACGAUUGGAACAUUUGUUCACCUGAAGAAAUAUGUUUCAUUAUCCGCACUUGUCUCGUCGGAGAAGCUUAACCUGUAAUGAAUCACAUCUCCUGUCUUCAUAGUAACUACACGAUACACGAUUUACGCAACAGUGAUUUAAUCUAGUUCAGACUAAAAACGUAAUUUCAUACAGACUGAGUGAAAACGCCUAACAAAUCAUAGAAAGAAAACUACGGGGAUUUAUCAUAUUUUUCCCAUGUUUUACGAGUGAAUUAUCGAAGCCCUUAUGCUUUUGAAAAUUGUUACAGGGCAAGCAGGUAUUUUAGUGCGAGGCUGCAUUUUUACAGUUAUUAUAUAGUGUGAAUAGUAUGACCAGCGCUUUGUUAAUACGUGCGAUAUAAAUUUAUCGAACAAAUAAUAAUGCUGCAAAACAGCAAUGUUCAAUAACAUUCAUGUUUUUGUUGAAAAUAAAUAACAGCAGGCAGGCGUAUUAAUUCAUAAGCGUUUCUUAUUUAAACCAAAGCAGUUUGGCAUAGUAUUAAGUGAUAUUCUUGAAAACUUUGUUACUAACAUACAUAUAUGUGCGCGUUCCCGUGUGUACGCUCUAAAUACAAUACUUCCACUGCGUUGAUUCGCCGUUCUUCGUAUAUGACGUAAAUGAUGACUUCAUCACAGAGAUGGGAAAACCAUGGAUACGAAAUCCAAAGGCGCAUCACUGGUCGAGAAAAGGAUGCCGGUGGUAGAUCGCCACUGACUCGUCAAGUCAGUUUCGCCAAGAGGGCGGCGGUCCAGUGGUACAAAAUGAAGUGGCAGUUAACCGGAAAGGCCGACAACACGUGGGGCGACGAGUUGCAGGGGUUCGCAGUGGUCAAGGAAGCCUCACCCCUUGGGGACGCGGGCCUCGAGUUUUUCGAGCCUGGAAAAGUCAACCAGUGUCGCCUGAAGUUUUUCAACAUGUCACGUGGCGAUGACGCGUCAGACGAUUUCCGGUGCGCAUUCUUGAAGUUUGGUGAUGAUGAAACAGCCGGACCGUUCGACCUCCCGUUCACCACGGGGCGUGUGUCCUGUUACAGCACUGUUGAGGGUUUGCAGGAUUUCUGUGGGGCCCUAGAUGGAGACGAAGAUGCCAUGAGAGACUGGGCCCUAAAGUCGCCAGAAAAUUAUUUUGCCCUCGUCGACGGUCUGCGGAGAUUUCCACAGUGUCGAACGGAGUUGGACUACUAUAACCACGUGACUUACCGCGUAGAAAUAAAUGGUGGCAGGAAGUUAGUUAGAUUCCGUCUUCAUGGAGGCAAUGACGUAAUUAGGCGCUUGGCAACGCAGCAGGAACAAGAAGAGGCUUGGAUUAUCCGUAGACCGGAUAUGGAGCUUCCUGCCGAUACUUACUUAACAGAUCGACUUUUGAACGUCGCCUCCGAAAACAAGACGAUGAAACUUCAAAUCCAAAUCCGAGAAUACGACCCCCCCAUCGGUGAUCCGGCUCAAUUCUGGGACGAGGAGGCGUUUCCCUGGCGUGACCUUGCAGAUUUGACCUUAACCUACUUGGUACCGAAACUCUUGGAAGAGCGCGCGAACUACGAUUUCAGAACUUUACCGGGCGGUAUUUCCGUAGAAAUUCCCCAAGGUGGCGAAAACUACGGAAGCCUCGUUUUGAUUCAGGAGAAGGUGAUGACGUCAACGGUGCGCCCAAAACACCCGGAAGGAGCCCGCAACGAGAGUAAAAAGACCACGACUUUCUUGGUCCACGUAGAGACCGGUGACCAUCUGUUCUCAGGGACAGACGCCGGGGUCUAUAUAGCGUUGUAUGGAACGAAAGGCCGCACGAAGCGCUAUCUUCUCGACAAGCUCUUCCAUAACGACUUCGAACGCGGCAGCAAGGAAUCCUAUUACGUCGACGUUCCUUUUAUCGGUGACGUCAUCUUCGUGCAGGUGUUUCUGAUUGGCGGAACGUUCACGUUCGCGCGGCGGUGGUUCCUCAGCAAUAUCGUCCUUUUCGACCUGAGCACGAGGCGCCUCCUGGAGAUCCCGUGUAACAGCUGGAUCAACUUUAAGAUCACGUUGCCAACUGGGGAGGCUAUGCUAGCAAAAGACGAGAAGCAUUUUCCGCGGAAGUUGCUGCGACAUAUACAUCUAGAGGAAAGUCAGAGGGCGCUCAAGUGGGCUAAAACGCAGCCAGGAUAUCCGGGACAGAUUGACUGCGCAAAUUAUUCCAUGCUGCCCGUGGAUCUGCAGUAUAACCAAGAGCGGCAACUCGAGAAGAAGAAAAUUAUCCUGGACGUAGUAUUGAAACUGAAGCUGCAGAAGUACACGACGAUGUUAAGCUCAUGCGACUCCCUCGCGCAUUUCAAGACCAUGGCGUCCGUGGUGCCGCAGACCAAGACGAUGAAGGCGAUUUUGGAAAACGACAAGUGGCGUACGGACGAGGAAUUCGGAAGAGAGGUGCUGGACGGGGUCAAUCCAAUAAUGAUCCGGCGCUGCAGCAAGCCGCUGGAAGAGUUUCCGGUCACAAACGAGAUGGUUGGAAACCUUUUGGACCGAGGUUUGAAUCUUGAAGAGGAAAUGAAGGCAGGACACGUUUAUUUCAUACACUACAAGCAUCUAUCGGGCGUCGAGAGACGGGGCGGUGACCAGCCUCGUUACGUAGCAACGCCGUACCUGAUGCUGUUCGUUAAAAGCACGGGGCAACUCGUGCCCAUAGCCAUACAGCUCGAGGAGGUCCCAGGGCCAGGCAACCCAAUCUGGACCCCAAACGAUGACCCACUAGGAUGGCUUCUCGCGAAAACCUACGUAAAAUCCGCGGACUCCCACUACCAGACCAUCUGCGGUCAUCUCCUACAGGGGCAUUUAUUCAUGGAGGUCUUCACGCUGGCCAUAUUGCGCCAGUUUCCGCGGAGCCACCCCUUGUACAAGCUCCUCGUGCAAUACACGCGCUACACGGUGGCCAGCGCUCAGAUGGGACGAGAUUUGUUGAUUCACGGUGAAGAGUCAGUAUUCCAGAAAAUACUGUCUAUUCCGGGAAAGGAGCCGGACUUCAUGAGGAACUACUUCGCAGAUUUCACAAUUCGGCAGUUGAUUCCCGUCCAUGAUUUUAAAGACCGAGGGGUCGACGACCCGAACUUGUUGCCGAAUUAUCAUUAUCGAGAUGAUGCCUGUUCGUUGUGGAACAAAAUUGUAGAAAAGGUCAACAAAAUUCUGAAGAUAUUCUACGAAACGAAUAAAGAUGUCGCGGGAGACAAAGAAUUGCAAUAUUUUGUAAAGGACUUGCGAGAAAAUGGGUUCAACAAAGGCAAUGGCAAAUCAAACGGCAUUCCCACAGCCAUAGAAACACUCGAAGAAUUGGUCGAAUUCGUAGCAAUGAUCAUCUUCCAUUCCAGCGCGUUCCAUUCCGCCCUGAAUUUCAGCCAAUCGGAUUACUUCAGCUUUGGUCCGAACUAUCCGAGCGCGAUGCGGCGCGCGCCCCCUAGCGACAAAGGGCCGAUAACUGAAAAGGAUAUAGUGGACACCCUGCCCAGUCAGGCGGAACAGGCGGUUGCCAUAGCGUUCUCGCACUAUUUAAGCGAACCGCUCAGCGAUGAGGUUUAUCUCGGGGAAUUCAAGGACAGUUACUUCACGGAAACAUCUGUGCGGGAGAUCUUGGACUGGUAUGCAGACGAGAUGGGCGAAAUUUCCCGCCAAAUUUACAAACGCAACGAACAGCUAGACGUUCCAUACGAAUAUCUACUUCCGGAGAAAAUACCCAAAGCUGCUGGCCAAUAAAAACUAUCGAGACAAGCCAAAUAGCCAAUAUAAAUCGUCGUAACAUAAAUGGUGUACUUUUGGAAGCAAGUCAGCAAAUUGCAGUUUUCGUUUAACAAUUUUGCAUUGAUUGUUAUUUAUGCCCGUUUUUAUUUGAUCGCAUAGUUUUUAUGCCCCCGGAUCGAAUGAUGUUAUUGCAUGUGUCUGUCUGUCAUUGUAUGUGUGUGUCUGUCCCAAAACUUUAACCUUGGUUAUAACUUUUGCAAUAUUUUGCAACUUGAUAUUUGGCAGGCAUGCGUAUCUCAUGAAGCUACACAUUUUGAGUGGUGCAAGGUCAAGGUCAUCCUUUGAGGUCAAAUAUAUGGUUUCAAAGCCUGGAUAAUUUCUACUCAGUGAUUGAGUCAUUUUCCAAUACCCUACAGAUACAGAUACACAUAGUAGGGGGGCAUUGUGUUUCACACACACAGCUCUUGUUAAUUACUGUUAUGGCUACCCAAGUGAUAGGAUUGAUCAGCAUACUCACUCGAUGUGCCAUUGAAGAUUCCGGCUCAUAUGGCUUUGAACGUCGCAUUUUCCCCUAUGCAGUUUCUAUAUACCAACAUUACACCAGAACAAAAUUUCACAAAUGUGUGUAUGCUGUCUUUAAAUUAAAAUAUCCUUAAAUUGAAGCCAUUUUGAAAUUCGCCCACCGCAUUUAGUCUACUGUUCUCUUUACUAAUAUGUAAUGGAGAUGUGUAUAAUAACAGGGAUUAUUUACGCACGAAAUGUAAAUACUUAAAUUUUAUCGAGGUAUUUUGUUUUCUUCUGAUCCUUCUUCUGCUAUUAUUGUCAUAAUAGAAAACAAAAUCAUGUAUAACACUUUUUUUUCCAUCUUUGAAAUUUUUUAGAUAACAUGUCAGUGUGCAAAUAAGAGAGUAAAACAAUACAUUAUGUUGAUGUAGAUUCACAUAGCUAUUGCAUGCGCAUCUGCAUUUACCUUAAUACAUUCCGUCUAAAAAAGUAAGUGCCUUCAUUUUACUAAGUAGCAGUGUAAAUUCACAAAACUGUAGACAGCGUUGAAAAACACAUACAAUUUCGAUAAAUGAUAUCAUAUAUGAGUGGUUAGAAUCGAUAAUAAUCAUGGUUUAAAUUAUAUAUAAGUGUAGCUUUAUAGUUGCAAUAUUCAUCGUAUAUCAUAUACACGCUUUACGGAUUAAACACGUCUAUGUGUUGUUGUUUUUUUUACAUCGUAUACAUUGUCUUAAAUUCUUCCAAUAAACUAUGAAUACUUAUAUACUUCAGUUAUAGGUUUGUCUUUCGUUAACGUACGUAUCUAGUAUAUUAUGAGAAAUAAAGCUUAUUGAAUUAA